CAGCGUAAAGUCGAACAAGCCAGAGCCGAAGCGCAGGAGCAGGAGCAGGCUCGCUUCGCUAUGGAAGAGGAGAAACGCAAGCAGGACAAGGAGCGUGCGCGUCGUCGAACUGAAGAUAAGAAGAGACAAGAGCUCGACGCACGCGCGAAGGCCGCCCGUGAAGCCGAGAGCCUAGAACGUGAGACAGAAGAAAGAGCAAAAGCAGCAGAGAAGGAAGCUAGACUGGAUACCGCGACGGAGCCUCUACAGUCUGUCGUAGCAUCUUCGCGAAUCGCCGCCAAUGGUGUCUCACCGUCCCCUGAAGUUGCAGUCGCGCUUGCGACUGUCUCACCGUCCCCUGAAGUUGCAGUCGCGCUUGCGACUGUCACACCAAGCCGAGAUCUGCCUAAGAUGCUUGGCUCACCCUCCACACAGGCCGUCUCAUUCCAGGGCUCCCCCUCGGGCGCUUUGCACGGCUCUCUGACAUAUCCACAGGACGACAUUCGAACCCAAGUCACCGCUACCCCUUAUCUCCAAGUUCGUCAGUCAGCUUUGCAGAGCGACUCUGGGUUCGCAGCAAUGGCUGGACCUCCGUUGACUGCCACCGGUGACUCUCAAGUUUUAGUAGACACCGGCGGGGAAGCUGCUACCCGCAUGUUGUCUACAGUCGCUCUUCAGUCGGAAUCCACAGGCCUUCCGCCGGUCGAGCAGAAUAUGUCGCCCACAGGCAGCUCCAGAAUUAAUAGGAUCAGGUACACCCAGUCGCCUGCGGCGUCCGCCGAGGAGCGCCAACCUAUGCACUCCUCCCAGGAAAUAUCGACUGCGCAAAGAAACCCCGUGCAGAUGUCAAGUGUCCGUUCCGACCUCACACCGACGACGCCGCAGGUCGGCUCGACUCCGACGAACGGGAAGGGUAAGAAGAAAAAGAAGAAUGCUGUCGCAGUCAAGCCCGAGCCGAGUCUGUCUCCCCCUGGCCGGGCGGCGCCCGCACCGCCUCCUCCAGUUGCUCAAACGCGGACUACUCGGGCAGUCGCUCAUUCCUUGCCUCCCAAAGGCGAGCAGGCGAGCAAGACGCGCGAGCAGACGCGGACGAACGCGGGCGGGGAUCGUUCAGCAUAUAGUCCACCGACUCCGAAUGCCCAGAACAGCACUGCGCCACAAGCCGCGUUCGCCGUGUCUGAAGCCUCUCGGAAUAGCUCUAUGAGCGCAAAUCAGUCUACUCCUACUGGCUUCGAUGGAUACGCCCGAGACACGCCUCUCGCAGAUAGGCUGAAUCAUGUACCAGCGUAUGGUGGUUUGUACGGAGACGAUGGGAUGGUCGCAUCUGUCAGAGACGAUAGCCCUCACAGAGGACAUGGACCACCUCCGGAAAUCGAAGGACGCAUGGGCCACUACUCCCCUCCACCUACUCUGCUCCGCGAGAGAAGGUACCCUCCCUCGCCUGUCCGAUCUGACCAGAGAUAUUACUCUCCAUCGAAUAGUCCCCGUCGCGAGCCGCUGUCACCUGGCAGGAAGAGACUACGAGAUGACGAUAGAGACUUACCUCCAGCGCGCCGACCUCGUUACAACGAUGACAGGGUGCAGAGAUUUGUAACUCCCCCGCCUUACGCUCGCCGCUCGCCGU